CAAACCAUGUCAAGGUCACACCAGUCUGCAAAGUUGACUGACUUUGCAGCUAACAGUAAGUCUUACAGUAAGUUAAUAAGGAAGUUUUUUUGUUGGCUUCAGUGCACACAGGUUACUAGACAUGUGGAAGUGUUUUGUGUGCGGUUUUUUUCUUUAAAAUGCUGAAUUAAUCUUUCAUGUACUUACAUUUAUAUGGCUGUUGAUAUGCUUCUGUUGUAUUGAUUAGCUGGAGUUUUUCUCACAGAUGAGAAUAAACAGUCUUUUUCUACGUACAGUACAGUGAAGGAAUGAACAAAGUAAUUGUUCUGUAGGUCUUCAUCUCUUUUUUAAGCUGGCACUGUUGGUGCAAGACGCCAGGAACUCAGAUGGACACCUCCACUACAGACAAGACUAUGUUAAUGCACCUGAUCCUGCUGAGCCUGGUGAUUGGGAGCAGCCAGGGGUGCUACUGUGAACAUUACCCAUGGGGGUCAUGGUCUGCCUGUUCACAAACCUGCAACUACGGCACACAGACCAGGCACAGGCAAAUAAGAAUGGAUGAAUAUUAUAGCCAAAACUUCUGUGACCAGCUAUGCACAAAGCAGGAAUCUCGCGCAUGUAACCAGCAAACAUGUCCUAUUAACUGUCAGCUUGGAGACUUUGGCCCUUGGUCAGAAUGUGAUCCAUGCAUUAAAAAACAAUUUCGUGUCCGGACACUCCUGAGACCAUCCCAGUUUCGGGGUCAGGCCUGUACGGAGCCGCUGGUGGAUUCCCGCCCAUGCUUCCCAACUAAGCUCUGCAACAUAGUGGAAGUUGAUUGCAAGAACAAAUUUCAGUGUGAAAGUGGUCGCUGUAUUGCAAAAAAAUUGGAAUGUAAUGGAGAAAAUGACUGUGGGGACAACUCUGAUGAAAGAAAUUGUGGGAGGAAAAAGACCGUGUGUAACAGAAAGUAUGAGAGCAUCCCAGGUGUGCAGUUAAUAGGCAGUGGAUUUCACAUUCUGGCAGGAGAGAGCCGAGGGGAAGUCCUUGGCAACUCAUUCAAUGGAGGACAAUGCACAACAGUGAAGCGCAAUGAGACAAGGAAAUCGUAUCGUGUUCCUGCGAACCUGGAGGCUGUCAGCUUUCAGGUAAUGAAUGAAGAGGAUGAUGUAACAUCAGAGUUCUACAAUGAUUUAACUCCCCUGAGUGAUAGUGCUCAUGGAAGUACAUCAUCCACUCAUGGUGGUCGAAGAUCUUCUGGUAUCCCAUUUUUAUUCUCAAGAAAGACACGGGUUAAAGUCACAUCAUCUUCCUCCUUCAAGAAAGCCAUUGAAGCCUCUUAUGAAAAGAAUUCCAACUUUAUUAGAGUCCAUAAAGUAAUUUCUGUUGCAAACUUCACAAUGAAACACUCAGAUCUGCAGCUCUCAGAUGUCUUUCUAAAAGCACUUAACUACCUGCCCCUGGAGUACAACUACGCUUUAUACAGCAGAAUAUUUGACGACUUUGGCACUCAUUACUACACCUCUGGGAAGAUGGGUGGUUCCUAUGACAUUCUUUACCAGUACAGCUCUGAGGAACUGAAGAACUCGGGCCUGGCAGAGGAUGAAUCAGUGGAGUGUGUCCGAACAGAAACAGUAAGGCGUGUGCUCUUCCGGAAGAAAAAGAAAGUCAGUACCAGAUGCACCACAAACAGGAUGACUGUGAAACACGAAGGUUCCAUUUUGGAGUCAGCCGAACGGUCAGUGUCCCUGGUAAAAGGUGGCAGGUCAGAGUAUGCGGCAGCUCUGGCCUGGGAGAAAAAGGGGGCUUUUCCAGGACACACAGUCUUCACAAACUGGCUGGAAUCAACAAAGGACAAUCCCGUGGUGAUUGACUUUAAGGUGUCGCCCAUCGUGGAUUUGGUGAAGAAUGUGCCAUGUGCUGUGACCAAGCGCCGCAACCUGGGGAGAGCCCUGAGAGAAUACGCAGGCAGGUUUGACCCUUGCCAGUGUGCCCCAUGCCCCAACAAUGGCAGACCUGUUCUUUCUGGGACGGAGUGCCUCUGCGUGUGCCAGGCUGGCACCUAUGGCAAAAACUGCGAGACACAAGCUCCAGGUUACAAAUCAGUUGCUGUAGAUGGCCGCUGGGGUUGCUGGUCCGAAUGGAGUUCAUGUGAUGCUUCCUUCAAAACUAGAAGGACCCGGGAGUGUAAUAACCCCUCCCCGAUGAAUGGUGGGAAGCCCUGUGAAGGUGAAUGGGAAGAAGUGGAGGACUGUUAUGUCUCUGUGUUCACAGACAGAGGUGCUCCUUGUAUAAAUGAUGAUGAAGCCAGGAGAGAAGAGGAUGUUUUGAUUGGUGAACCUGAGUCUGGAUGCUCCAGGCCAGACACACCAGAAAACAGCUUUAUCAGGAAUGAAAAGAACCUGUAUGCUGUGGGGGAAGAAGCCGAAAUUGCCUGUGUGAGUGGUUAUGUCCUCAGUGGCUAUCAAUUCCUUCGGUGUCUGCCAGAUCAAACCUGGACGCAGCAACCUGUUGAAUGUGAACCCUCGGUAUGCCUCAGGCCACCAACAUCUGACAGUGUCACAAUUUCCCCAUUUAAGCAACAGUACAACAUUGGUGAAACCAUGAAGCUAAGCUGCCAAGCUGGGUUUAUAGUCACUGGCCAAACACAGUAUACCUGUGGGAAAGACCUGUCCUGGAUACCUCCUAUUUUGACAUCUAUUACAUGUGAAAAAGAUGUGCAAACUACUAUUAGAGGCAUUUGCAAUCCAGGACAAAAGCAGGUUGGAUCUCAGUGUGUUUGUAUGUCUCCAGAAGAAGAUUGUGGCCACUACUCAGAAGACAUCUGUGUGCUACAUGCCGUUUCUGAACAGAGUGUGACCAAGCCCAGCUGUCAGUAUUCAGCUGAAAUGUGCCUUGGAGAGCAGUCAUUUCAUUUCUUGCAUGCUGGCCCUUGCCAUGGUGAUUCCAACCUAGACUGGGCUAUUGAAAGGGCAAAGCUCUCUACAAAUAGCUUGAAGAAAGUGCCCUGUGGCUAUGACACCUGCUAUGACUGGGAGGAAUGUCCAGAGACACAGACCCAGUGCUUCUGCCUCAUGCCUUACCAGUGCCCCAAAGAAGAGAGCCGCCUUCACUGCAUCCAAAUGGAGUUGACAGGGAGGAGGAAGACAGUCAGUCAUUGCACACUGGCAGCCAUGAAGUGUGCUGGCAUCAAACUGGAGGUGCUGGAGCAGGGACGUUGCCUGGCGUAACCCAUCAAAUCUCCUGGCAGCCACCGUGAUCAUCCCACCGUGCACAGGCUGAGCCAUCCUGGCAAAAACUUGGCUGGUUAUGAAAGGACAAGUAGAUCAAAAACAAAGGAUGGGGGGGGGGGGGGGGGAAGGCACUCACUUGACGGAUUUUUGGGAGAAGGGUGGCAGUGGGCUUUUUCUGGUCUGAAAAUGACCUGGGGUGUGGGGUGUAGGGACUGCUCUGACUGCUCAUAACUGUGGAUGUGCAGAGGGAGGGAGGGGAGGGAAUUGGAAAGGAGAAAGAGGACCAUUGCCUUUGUCUGCCCUGGUGCUGGAUGAGACUUUUCCUUUCCUCAGCCAUUUGUUGAUUUGUCCCUGUGCUUGUGACUACUGUGCAUCCCGGCUGUCUUACUGGCUGAGUACCUGCUGUAUCAUCCAGGCAGGCAGACCACUUCAGCAUCAUUGCAUGCUCCCUCUGACACUUAAUGGGGUCAUGAAAGAGACUACCUGCACGGGCACUCAUGGUACAAAUUCAGGGAGCAAUACAAAAUACUGAAACCACAAAUAUGCAAUGAUUGAGUGGAGUCUUCAAAACUGCGAUUUUUAAACACAGUAACUGAAGGGAGGAAGUGUUUGCUGUCUGGGUUUGUUUGCUGGUUUUGAGCCUUAGACACUGUUGGGGAAUUUUUAUGGUACCCCUCAAGGUGAAUUAAACACACAUUUGUGCUUAAAUAUAAAAGAAAAAUUUAAUGAACAAUGCAUUGGGCAGGGUCCUACCACAAUACACAGUUCUACAUGGAGUCUGCAAAGAUGUCUCACAAGCAGACUCCUUAUAUACAGUUGCACCAGCAGUAAUCCUGAGAGCAGUUGCACGGGGCACCUCAGCCUAGCUGUGGGUCCAUCCCCCAGCCCAGCAAUGCUGCCCAAAGGUGGCCCCUGAGCGCUCCCAUUCCAGGACAACUACGAGACUACACUGAGGCUGUUUCUUAUCACCAAGGGAAACUUCAGUCCCUUGCAAGGAGUCUGUUCUUUCUCUGGUAUUUCUGCUUCCAGCCAGUUUAACCCCUUCUUGUAGCUGGGCCUUCUUGCCCUCUGUGCCAGAUCAUUCCUCGGUCACAAAUGACCACUGCUGAGCAGUUACAAUUGGAAUUUCCCCUUCAUCACUCAGAAUUUUACAAAACUGAAUAUUAGAAAGCUGCCUUCCAAGAAGGGGAAAGCUGAAAGUCACUUUUUUUUACCAGCAGUCAGCAGAACAAUGAAAAUCAGGGAAAAAAGCAUGAGAAGCGUCCAUUGGUGAAUAACCUCCCCUGUGUAUAAGUGUCACACCUCCCCUGGGGCUGGGCAGAGUCAUUUGGGAGCUGGGAGUAGGCUGGAUGUGAAAUGGUUAUUUUCCCUCCAAGGAGGUAUCAGACCCCUAGAUUUGGGAUGUUGCCAAGCUCCCUAAAUCAGCAACUAGUCUCAACUGGAUGGAGCUCAAGGAAAAGAAGCAAUUAAUCCUGCUGCUAAAUACAAUAAAGCACUGUGUUUUCUUGUUUAAAAUGUGUAGUAAAAAUGAUUAUAAAAAAUGGAGAUAGGUUUGCCUUUGUAGUUCUAUAGCUUGUUCCUCCAACUGAAGAUAUAUACCAAUAUGCUGGUGAUGGUCUAGGAGAAGGUUGCAAAUUUGAUUGUACCCAGAUUGCUUUUUAGUGCCCUUAUUUCUUCUUGUUGGUUGCAUUUUGUGGGGCAAUGAUCACUCAGAAUGGCUGUGUAUGCCUUCUGCACCCUCAAUGAGCAAUGAAGAUUUCUUGCUCCUCACCCUCUAACCUUAAUACUAGCUUUUCAUUACAGGACUCUGAUACCAGUGUGACCAUCUAGAAAUGUUUCUGAUAUGAGGAAUUUUUUUCCCCUGACACUUCUCACCAUGAUAAAUUGCCAGAUGAAGUUAUUUCCUGGUAAACAGAAGGCAGCUGAGAGCUCCCUGGCUGCCCCCAUUUCUCCAGCACCUCUGGUCUCAGAGUGGUUGUGUGCUGUGCGAGUGCUCGCAUUAAGACUUGCAUUGUACUGUCUUGCUAAUGGGGAUAACUCCCAUAUAUUCUGUUUUACAGUUGAGCAUUAUGGCACAGAAUGGAGACAUCAUCUGCCACUCACUAAUAAGGUGGUGGUUCAGCCAUGAGCUGAAUCAAGAGGAAAUCUUCACCUUGCUGAAAUUAGUGAAAGUUUUACUGUUGGCUUCAGUAGGGUCAGGACUGCACUCGCAAGGACUUUGUGUUUGCUGCUGUGCUCUGUCACAGGGGUGCCCAACCAUCACAUCAAGAACUUCAGCUCUUUCAUGUUUCCUGCAACAUUUAUCUUUUUCUUGGUUAAGUUCUCCUCUUCUACCAUGAUAACUUACAUUAGGUAUUUUCUUGUUCACUGGUGCCAGGAAAUGCCGUCUCUCCUUUGCCAUUGUAAGCUCCAAGUAAUGCUAUCUGGCUUGAUGGAUCAUUGCCUUGAGUCAUAAAUUAUAAUUGUGGAAGAUGAAGCAAACAUGAACUGAAUCUGUCAGGGUCACAGAGACCUUACUGAUUCUUGAAAGACAGCUUUCUUGGUAAUGCUGCCUCUCUACUGCACAGAAAAAUCCCAUCUAUUUGUUCUUAAUGUCAGAGAAGAGGCAUUAUCCAAAAUGAAUAUAAUGAGCCUUUCCAUUGACACAAAGUUCCAUACAACAUCCCAGCAUAUCUAAUUUUUCACUAGCACAAGAGUAUGUGAAGUGUAUGUAGAAUACACUUACCACAGUGAGGCAGCUGAGGCACACACAAUUCAAUGGCUGGACAAUUAGCAGCUGCUGUUGUGAGCUUCUGUAUAAAUAGUUACUGCAAUUGUAACAUAGAAUGCAAAAUUUGACCAAAUAUAUAAGAGAACUGAAUACAUAUAUAUAUAGUACCUGUGUUUAUCCUUAUGCAACCUCAGAAAGGGGUAAUCCACAGUUUGCUUCAAGGGUUUGAAGAUAAGGCAGAUAUAUAAGUUUAAAUAUCAACCUCCAAACUUUUGCCAAUGAGCCACUGCUUAGUUAUAGCAAUUACUGUUUCCUGUUACAGCUAUGAGAGAAAACAUCUUGUGUUAAA